CCCUGGCGGCCCGCGUCUCCCUCCCCGGAAGGCGGCGCCGGCAGCUCCGGGACCCGGCCGCCCCCGAGGGGGACCCGGGCAGCGGAGAGACGGCGUGGGAGCCCGCGGCGCCCCUCGGCCUCGGAGCGGCGAGCGCGCGCUUCUGACCAGCGCACCGGCUCAGGAUGGGAAACCACGCGGGAAAGCGGGAGUUAAACGCCGAGAAGGGCCACAAGGAUGCAGACACGAGCACAGGAGAAUCUAGCAAGAGGAGGAACCCCCACUACCUUUCCCGGGAGGCCUCGGAAGACAGUGACGUGUUCGGGGAGGCAGAUGUGGAGCAGAACAAUGGGGCCCCCUCUCAGGACACGGCGGUGACAGACUCCAAGCGCACAGCGGACCCAAAGAAUGCCUGGCAGGACGCCAACCCAGCUGACCCAGGGGGCCGCCCCCACUUGAUCCGCCUCUUUUCCCGAGAUGCCCCCGGGAGGGAGGACAACACCUUCAAAGACCGGCCCUCGGAGUCAGACGAGCUCCAGACCAUCCAAGAGGACAGCACAGCCACUCCCGAGGGCCUCGAUGUGAUGGCGUCACAGAAAAGACCCUCCCAGCGGCACGGCUCCAAGUACCUGGCAUCCGCCAGUGCCAUGGAUCACGCCAGGCACGGCUUCCUCCCGAGGCACAGAGACACGGGCAUCCUUGACUCCCUCGGGCGCUUCUUUGGCGGUGACAGGGGUGUGCCCAAGCGGGGCUCAGGCAAGGUGCCCUGGCUCAAGCAGAGAAGGAGCCCUGUGCCCUCUCAUGCCCGCAGCCAGCCCGGGCUGUGCAACAUGUACCAGGAUGGACAUCACGCGGCGAGAACUGCCCACUAUGGCUCCCUGCCCCAGAAGUCUCAGCACGGCCGGCCCCAAGACGAGAACCCCGUAGUGCACUUCUUCAAGAACAUCGUGACGCCGCGCACACCUCCUCCGUCGCAAGGAAAGGGGCGAGGACUGUCCCUCAGCAGAUUUAGCUGGGGAGCCGAGGGGCAGAAGCCGGGAUUUGGCUACGGUGGCCGAGCUGCAGCCCACAAGGGAUUCAAGGGGGCCGACGCCCAGGGCACGCUCUCCAAAAUCUUCAAACUGGGAGGAAGAGACAGUCGUUCCGGAUCACCCAUGGCUAGACGCUGAAGCCCUGCCUCGUUGUUGUUAUAGAAUCCCGCCCUCAGCUUCUUAAUAUAACUGCCUUAAGAUUUUAAUACUGUUCACAUAAAUUACUACUUGUAGCAAACCCCCCUUGCCUAAUGCCCGUUGAGUUGUGCACACAGUAGGGGCAGGCACGCCGCAUCCUACUGGCAAUUUCUGGCCAUCAGCUAAAUGGAGAAAACGCAGACGGAAAAUUAAACGGCGACUCUGAGUUUGAAGAUCAACGCCCUGGGACUCUCAUCCCCCUGCGACGCGGCCCCGCCGCACUGUGGUGCAGGUGCACGGCGCGCCUCCAAGUUCGUUCACCCUCCGUCCUCGGACUCGCUUUGCUGACUCGGCAUCCCUCGGCUUCCCGGGCACUGCCGUGGCGACGCUGCUGUGGACACAGAGACACGUGCGGGGCGGCGAGGACUGUUGAUCCGAGCUUCCUUUGGUUUCUUCCCCUGCCCUUGCUCACCUCCUAACACACACUCACUCUCCCUCCAGGGUUAGGCAGUCGGGAGCGGCACAGGGGGCUUCGGUAUGUGAAGUGCGGGCGGGCAGCUGUGCAGAGUCCCAUGUGGUGGGCGCAGAGGGGGCGCCUGCGGGGGCGGCUGCCCACCACGGCCGGCUGGCGGAAUUCAGGCGUGGCGGAGAGGGGAACAGGGAGGCAAACCUGGGCUGGGCUGCGGCCCCCACAGGAAACAGGGUCUUCUUGGACAUUAGGUGAUGGCGCGGCGGGAGCCAGAGCGGCCCCCGCGAGCCGCCUGUUUCCCCCCAGAGCCCAGCAGGAGGGUCUGAGCGGGACUGGAGGAGUUUUCUGGGUGGCCUCACGGCGUCACCCUGGUCACUGCGGGAGGUGACCGGUGGUAUGCUUACCACGGCACGGCACACAGCAGACACUAACCCUGGGAGGACGGGUAGCGUCCCGCCCACCCGCAUCCCAGACACAGACGUGCGUAGUCGGUAGGCUUCGGAGGGUUCUCUUCCCGAAUCGCUGACCUGGACGUGCGAGCAGAGAGGGGGACUCCUCCUAGCUGUGUCUCUUCUAACGCGAGCUGACCUUUCCUGUGCGCCCCUCCUAACAUACUGACCCCACCUUUUGAUUUUAGCGUAUCUCUCACAGGCCUUCCAAAGAGCCCCACACCGGCACCCCCGCCCCCUUAGAACCCAGAUGAGGAGUAGUGAGCGUAAUCCUGUCCUAAUUCCUGUUCGGUGUGGGUUUAAUGUAGUGUCUAUUAAUACCUAGCCUCAAUGAUGGGGGGGGGUAGAAAAAAGGUACAAAAUUCCAGAAACAGAACCUCCAAAUUGCUCAACACACACACACUCGACAUCUUUGAGCCGACUGCUGACCGAGUGAUCUCUCUUCGUGGCUACGCACCCCGUCAGCGUGCGCUGUGAUGGGGGGGGGGGGGUCUCAUGGAAAGUACACACUGUUCUUGAAUAUUGAAAUAAAAUAAUAAACUUUUAAUGAUAUUUGUA